AUGGUUAGGUACAGUUUAGGCCGCUGCCUGGACAUAAACACAGUCCCGAACUCGUUUUGCUGGAACAGUUGGGUAACAAAGAAGAGCUCUAUGUUUGUUUGGCGAGCUAUUGUGGAAAAGAUUCCGUCGGCCGUAGCACUAAGAAACAGGGGAAUGAAUAUUCAGGAUGUCAUGUGCAAGAUAUGCGAUGAGUGUGAAGAAACUGCGGUUCAUAUCUUAUUACGCUGUAAUUUUGCGAAAAGAGUAUGGAGCGAGGUGACAAAAUGGACAAAAACGCCAAUGGUGAACACGGAAGGAAAUCUAACAGAUGUACUGCAAGUUUUUCUUGACAGCCAAAGGUGCCGGAAUGUAAAAAAGUGUCUACAUGCGAUCGCUGUACAAUCGAUGUGGAAACUGUGGAUAAACAGAAAUGAUAGAAUUUUUGCAGGAAGAAACCGAUCAGUUCAGAUGAUAAUGGAAGAGAUCAAGGAUUCUUCGCUAAAUGGAGUGUUGCAACGUUCAAAGCACAGAUCAAUAUCUAAACAAGAGUGGUGGGAUUUCAAUUUAAAUGUGUAG